UUCAUUACGCAGUCACCGGGGCGGGACUGUUGUGUCCAACAGGAAAACUACAGAAAGAUGGCGGCAAUCAGAAAGAAACUGGUGAUAGUAGGUGAUGGAGCUUGUGGGAAGACAUGUCUCCUCAUAGUGUUCAGCAAAGAUCAGUUCCCUGAAGUCUACGUUCCCACUGUGUUUGAGAACUAUGUUGCAGAUAUUGAGGUCGAUGGUAAACAGGUGGAGCUGGCUCUGUGGGACACUGCGGGUCAGGAGGACUACGACCGCCUCAGACCUCUCUCAUAUCCGGACACCGAUGUUAUUCUCAUGUGCUUCUCCAUUGACAGCCCUGACAGCUUAGAGAACAUUCCUGAGAAAUGGACUCCAGAGGUGAAGCACUUCUGUCCCAAUGUGCCCAUAAUCCUGGUAGGAAAUAAGAAAGACCUGCGAAAUGAUGAUCACACCCGCAGAGAGUUAGCCAAGAUGAAGCAGGAACCGGUGAAGUCAGAGGAGGGAAGGGACAUGGCUAACCGGAUCAAUGCUUUCGGUUACCUGGAAUGCUCAGCCAAGACAAAAGAUGGUGUGAGGGAGGUUUUUGAGAUGGCCACCAGAGCGGCGCUGCAGGCCAAGAGAAGAGGCAGGAAGAGCGGCUGCACUCUGCUAUAGGGCAGCCAUUGGAGUUCAUGGUGGGAACGGAAAGGCCAGGCAUUCCUUCUGGGUCCGCUUUUUCAUCACAGCAGGCUAAAUUUCAAUUCUGUGUAACUGCAAUGAGUAAAACAUAUUUCAAUGACAGCCAAAGGGAAAAUUAACCAAGAAAAAGGGAGAAUUAGACAUUUAAUGUUAUAUAUUUAGAUAUAAGCUAAUAUCUUAAACAUAAGGAUUCAUUAAAAAUUAAUGAAUCUUAUUACGAAUUAAAGCAUCAAAAAAGAAGGUCAACAUUACACCCACACCUGAUCUAAUGGCUUCAUUUCAUAUUAUUCCUACUGCAGGUUUUUUUAUCUGGACCGCAGCUCGUCUAGUAUGAAGCUGUAUUUGAUGGUCUGAAUUCAGGCUUUAAGUUUGAGUCUGUUAAAUAGGUGGAAAUUAUUCUGGCUACGCAGUUACAAAAUAUAUGUUUCUACUCUUGUAGACUGCAGAGUAUGAGAUGAUUUAUGUUAUAGAUGUUUAAUAAAUGUCCUGAUCCAACAGGAUCUCUGAAGAAAACAAAAAUCUUUGCCAGGAAAAGUAGAAAAUCUGGAUUACUAUUGAUCAAAUCCAUGUUAGAGAUUACAGAAAGGGUGGCUGCUUAGGGAAUUUUAAAGAAUCUGGAUUAAAGCCCUUUGAUCAGUUCAGCAUCUUUCACCCAAAAUCUUAUUUAGUUUAGUGCAAAUUUCAGGUUAAUUUUUUCUACCAGAAUUUGAUUCUUACUAGAAUUUUCCACAAAAGCAGCCAAUAUGUGGCACAGUCUAAGAUUAGGGAAAAAACAACCAUGUGAAAUCAUUUGUGAGUCACACAUACCCUUUGAUUGUUACUGAGAUAUUUAUGUGUGUAUAUUUCCAUAAAAAGGGGAAAUAAUGAAUACAGCAAAACUAAGCACAUACUCUGAACUGUGUAGUGACAGCUUUUCAAUAUUUCUCAGCUUUUUCUGCAUUUAAACACAUCUGUAGUAAAGCAGAUGUCAUCUAACUCAUAUUAACGUGUUUAUUUUGCUUGAAAAGUAAAAUUGAAUAUUAAAGGAGAAGAUUCCUAAGGUUUUUAAUUGUGGGAAGGAGUGCCAGAUGUUGGUAAAAUGGAGGUCUCCAUGUUCCAUGUUGAGCUGAUGUUUCAGUGUUUUCGGUAAAAUGUGUCUCUACAGUCUUCCUGCAGAAACUGUUCUCAGCUUUUUCCUUACAGUCAGGUUCAUGUUGGGCUUUUCAUUUUCUUUGCUGGAAGAAAACCCUAAAAAACUAGUAAACAGAAAAUAAGUCAACAUGUCUGCGGAGUCAUAUGUCCUGCUGUUAAGCGAUCCAUUAUACUGAGGCACUGAGACACAUCUAUGUACUGUAGUUCUCUGUUUAUUUGAAAUCAUCGCUGAUUUGAACGUAACGCCUUUCCUGUCUGCAAGCUAACUCACCUUCUUGUGUGUUUUCUGUUACCUUAUGUGAUAUUCUACUGGCUUGGCUUGUAUUUUAUCAAACUUUAGGUCAGUGUCGUGUUCAUUCUGGAAACAUUUGAUGGUGAAUUCUGAAAUGCACACAGCUCCUCAAGGAUUUGUAAGACAAUUAUUCCUUUAUACACAAACCUUUCUUGAAACGUCUGCAAUUUUUAAUGUAUUUUAAAGGUAAUAAAGUCUACAGAGAAAUA